AAAUUACAUCUUUUUCAUCUGAUAAAAAAAAAACUCAACAAAUGGAGAAAUUGCCUUGCGACAUAUGCCUCAAGAUUUUCUGUUUCUUGGAUCAUCACAACCUUGCCUCUGCUCUUCAAGUUUGCAGGAAAUGGAAAGCGUUGGGUUCGGAUAACUUACUAUGGUCUAACCUGUUCAAAGACAGAUGGGGAGUCGAUCAAGCUGCAUUCUAUGCCCCUGAUCCUAUGCAUUCCACAUCAUGGAAAGAUGUUUACGAAACACAAGACCGAUGUGAUCGGGUCGGAUUGGGGCUGAAGAUAAUCAGAGAAGGUGGGGAUUACUUUCUUGUACAUCAAGGCAAAAUCCAACGGUAUCUGGGUUCGAGGUUGAAGAGGAAAGGGGCGGAAGACUGCGAGUCGAGCACAUCGGGACAAGAGGUAAACGUCGAGGAACCGUGUCGAGGGAUUCUGGACAAGAUCCUGUUUUUCUUGGGGGAUCUUGAAGCUGCAUCUGAUGGUGCCAAACGUGGUAGGGUGCUGUGAACACUAAUCUCGGAAGGUCAAACGGUUUGGGGUUAUAAUGUGAUAUUGUUGUAUAUGUACGUUUUAGUUGUAUGAUGAAUAAACCAUGAUAUGAAUAUGGUAAAUAAUGCUAUUGGUAUGUUUCUUUUCA